CCGGCAAGAGUUAACAAAUUUUAUUGCGAAUUAAUUACACCUGUCUAAAUUUAUGUCAAAAAAUUAUGAUAGUUCAGUUCGGCUGUGCGAUAUUACAAAUUUUGACGUAUCAGUCAUGUUUAAAGAAAAUUCUUGUCUAUAUGCAAUAAUUUUAUCUGUUAUUAUUUAGGCUUACGGUAAAAGCUAUUUCCAUUAUGUGCAUUCAUUGGACAUGAUACUUUAUUAUUUGACAAUUUAUCAACAUGGAAGACAUAAACAGCCAAUUUACUGUAGAAAACAUAGAAAGAACCCUCCAUCAGUUUUACAGCGAUGUACAGAGCCAGGCUGAAGCCAACCAAUUUCUUAUUUUGGCACAAAUGUCGUCUGAAGCUUGGAACUUUGCAUGGGAGCUUUUGAAUCCAUCUAAACCAUCGGAAGUGCAGUUUUUUGGAGCGAGUACUUUGCAUGUGAAAAUUUCAAAAACUUGGAAUGAGCUUCCCGCAUCAUUCUAUGGACCACUCCGGGAUAAAUUGCUAUCAGUGCUGAUGAACUACAUCUGCGGGCCUCGCAUUAUCUUGACCAGGCUCUGCAUUGCUGUGUCUUCUUUCAUUAUUCAAACAAUAGCUGAUUUUUGGCCAUCUGCAAUUCAAGAUCUGAUGAAUGCAUUUCAACCACAGAAUAUUCCUAAUGCUAGUCCACAGCAAGUUGCUCAUGUCUUGUUAGAAUUAUUGACUGUCCUAUCUGAAGAGUUCCAAACUACAAGAAUCUCCCAUUCCAAAGUUGGCGUCAUCAGGAACGCGCUUCGAUCCUCAUCGGAACUAGUCAUGGAACUCGUCCAGAGUGUGCUUUCUAAAACUUCUUCUCCCGCCGAAGUGUGUGAAAUUUCCUUGAAGUGUUACUCUAGCUGGGCUGUACUGGGACCUUCCGGACUGGAGAACAAGUUUUUAGUGACGCUCACUUUCGAUUCUGUAUAUAGAGAUGAAAUUAGUCAAACUGCAUUAGAAACACUGAGCAAUAUAUCUAAUCACCCUGAUGCUAGCAAGCACCCAAAUCUAAUUCUUGAAAUGAUAGAGCAUAUUGUUCAUUUAGAAAAUUUAUUGGAGAAAACCAUCAAAGAUGAUGAUAUGGAUAAAUGUAACAGCAUUUAUGGUUUGGUCAUUGCUGUUGCAGAAAACCACUGCCAGUUAUUACUAAACACAAUCCUCGACAAACCGGGAAAGAAAGAUAUGAUUAUAAAGUUUAUAAGUUUCAUUCUAAAAUGCAGUGCAACACCUGGUCAGUAUCCUGUGGAUGAAGUAUGUAGUGAACAAGCAUUUGGAUUUUGGUACACUCUUCAAGAUGCAAUUGUGUCAUCAGAUCGUGGGUUUGAAAGCCUUUUGCUGGUUUUUCAUCCAGUUUUCCAAUCUUUAUUAGACACAUAUUUAGUAAAACUCAGAUAUCCACCAGAAAGCAUAUACAAACAAUGGAAAUCUGACGAAAAAGAAUCUUUUAGAUGUUAUAGGCAAGAUAUUGGGGAUUCUAUUAUGUACUGCUAUAACAUCCUACGGCAAGCUGCUUUGGCCAAUUUAAUUACUCACUUAAGCAUUGCCACCACAACUGUAACUAAUGACCCUUCACAGUGGCAGUAUUUAGAGGCUUGCCUUUUUGCAUUCAAAGAAGUUGCGGAGAAUGUGGACGUGAAGGAAUCUUGUUACAUACCCAUGUUUAUGGCCCAUUUGGGAAACAUUCCAUUGCAACAUAUACGAAUUAUUUCAGCUACUAUGGAAGCUAUUGGUUCCUUUGCAGAAUGGAUUAACAUGCAUCCCAAUGUGCUGGGUUGUGUCAUACCACUGCUGCUCAUGGGACUGCGAAAUUCUGAAGUGGCAAUUUCUGCCACAUUUGCGCUAAAAGAUAUCACAAGGGAUUGCUAUUCAACAAUGAGGCCUUUUGCAGAACAGAUACUUCAUACUAGUCUGGAAGCUCUAAAAGACAAUGUUUUGAAAUCUAGAGAAAAGGUUCGCAUCAUGUGCACGGUUGGCAAAGUGCUUUCUAUCAUGCCCUACUCUUUCAUCAUGAACUACUUAGAUAACCUUUUGUCUCCAAUUUUUUCGGAACUGCAACAGCAGCUACAUUCCCAACAACUCAGUCCCAACAAUGCCACUGCUAUUGUACUCAAUCUGCAUAUGCUCUCUAUGCUGUUUUCCACUCUCGACACUCACUGGGAAAAAGAGCAUGAAGAUGAAACUGCAGAAGAGAAGGAGUCAUGCAAAAUUCGGGAAGAAAACCUGAAGCAACCCCAACCUGUCAUGUUUGUACUCGAGAAGUUGCUAGCAAUAUUCAAGGAGUUGGGCAAUCAGUGGGAAGUCACUGAGCAGAUUACAGAGGCUCUUUGUGAUGCCCUGAAAAGGUCCGUCUCAAUGAUGAGCGACUCGUGCAAGAUGUUCCUGCCCGACAUGCUGAAUCUCAUCCUCCAUCUGUAUAAGAAUUCACCCCAUUCAUCAGUACUGGACAUGACCAAGCAAGUACUCCUGCUCUUCAGCACUGACGAGGACCAAAGGGGGGCGCUGUCUGGUUUCUUCGCGGAAAUAUGCGAUCACACCAUUCAGCUCUCCAUGAAAGACUUCCGGGAGAGCACCGUAAUCAUCGAAUCUUUCCUCCAGAUGCUGGAGCAGAUUGUGAAGCGAGCGAUCGUGUUCUUCAAACAUGAUGCCAUAAACCCACUUGUGCUGUUUCAGUUUGCGGUCGCUGCCUUGAAUCUGCCGGAGAAACCGACGGUGAAAGCUGCUGCUGGAUUUCUGGCAGAGUUUAUUACUCACAGUAGAGAAGUUCCAAAUAUGUUAAAUGUUGUAAAUAACCAAGGAGAAGUGCUGGUCAUGCAAGUGUUAAAGGUGGUCGGAGGAGAUUCUCCAAGAAGCGUGGUGGAAUACAUGCCGGAUAUACUGAUGGCCCUCAGUAAGAAAUAUUUUGAUAAUUUGUGCCGCUGGAUGGUCCCAUUUACGCAACAAGAUGGUUUUCCAUCACCUCGUGUCAGUCAGAAACAUAAAGAAGAAUUUACAAGAUUAGUUCUGAAAGAAAGGACCAACAAAAGGAGGUUAAAAGAGACUGUUACUGAAUUUAGCCUUCUGAGCCGUGGUCUCAUCGGAACAGAAUAUGCAGCUCAAACAUGUCAGAUAUUGUCGUGAUUGUUUUAUGUUAACUUUUUAUGUCUUAUUUAAAAUGUAUUUUUGUAACACAUAUUUAUAUACAAAUCAGUUUUUAGUUUUUAACCAACAAUUGGUUUUUGAAUUAUGAUGCAGAUAAAUAAUUGAACAUCUAUUGAUACCAAAUGAAUUAUGUAUAUAAGUAUAUAUUUUGUUGAAUUAUUAAAAAGAAUUUUAUUGGA